GCGAUGUAUCGAUGAAAAAUCGAUUGGACCAGCUCGUCGAUAAAGUUGUUGUUUGCUCCAGGUUUACUUUUAAUUUCAAAUUCAACUAAUAUCCGGGAUUAAGAGUGUAAAUCCUGUCAGGAAAACCAUGCUAAGGCCCCAGUCAUCAGUGCCUGCGCCUCAGCCGCCUGGCAAGCGAAAGAAGCCCGCGGAACUGGAACUGACCUGCGGAUGGCGCGACUGCCAGGAGAUCUGCACUGGCGAGUGGAGCCUGAACGGGCAUAUUGGGGAUCAUCUGGAGCACUAUGCGAAGGCCCAGGACGAUCGGGGGGCGCAUGCGGAGCACACGGAGCAUCAAUGCACAUGGAACUCCUGCGAUUUCCGCACCGAAAACCAGGUGGAGUUUGAACGGCAUUCGUACUACCACGGCUACUACUUGAACCUGCUCCUGCAGGGGAAGCUGGAGUGCGAUCUGCAUCCGGAAAUCCCCGCCUGCACUGCUCCGGCCCGCCUCAUGGAGAAGCUGCCCGCUCUGGGCCAGAACUUUCGAUGUGGUUGGACCGACUGUGAGAGGGAGUUCGUUUCGAUUGUGGAGUUCCAGGACCACAUCGUUAAGCACGCCCUAUUCGAGUACGACAUACAGAAGACGCCGGAAGACGAGCGGCCCAAGACGAUGUGCAACUGGGCCAUGUGCCACAAGCACAUGGGCAACAAGUACCGCCUCAUCGAGCACAUCAGUACCCACUCCAACAAGAAGCAGGUGGCUUGCUUCCACUGCGGCGAACUGUUCCGCACCAAGACUACGCUCUUUGAUCACCUUAGACGCCAGCCGGAAAACAACACAAACAGCUUCCAGUGCGCCCAAUGCUUCAAGUUCUUUGCCACCAAGAAGCUGCUGAAGAGCCACGUGGUGCGACACGUUAACUGCUACAAGUGCACCAUGUGCGACAUGACCUGCAGCUCGGCCAGCUCGCUGACCACCCACAUUCGGUACCGCCACCUCAAGGACAAACCGCUCAAGUGUAGUGAGUGUGACACGCGCUGCGUUCGGGAGUCGGAUCUGGCCAAGCACGUUCAGAUUGUCCACUCGAAGACGGUGCACCAGUGCGAGCAUCCCGACUGUCAUUAUUCUGUACGCACCUACACGCAGAUGCGACGGCACUUCCUCGAGGUGCACGGCAACAAUCCCAUUCUGUACGCCUGCCACUGCUGCGAGCGCUUCUUCAAGAGCGGCAAGUCGCUCUCCGCUCACCUUAUGAAGAAGCACGGCUUCCGCCUGCCUUCGGGCCACAAAAGAUUCACCUACCGGGUGGACGAGAACGGGUUCUACCGCCUCGAGACGACGCGCCUCGAGAGCUUGGAGGUGACCCAGCAAAUACUGUCGCCGCAGGUGAACGACUCGCUAGCGAAACCGGGCACAGGAUCCUGCUACGAGAUCGUGGAUCCCACAAAUACCGAGUUCGAGCGCAUCAUCGUCUCGAAUGAUCCGAACGAGGCGCAGCUGAUGGGUGAAGUGGUAAUCUCCCUGCCCAGCCUAGCAGAGGAGCUGUGAGGAAUAGAGCCGCCCGGCAGCCAACCCUUUGAUCUCGUGUGCCCUUUACAUUACAUUAAGCAUUUAGUCCUACCUAGAACCUAGUGCGAUUGGAUGAGAUAGCACCCGGGGACGCGAUACCCUGCCCACUGCACAAACAAAACUAAUCGUAGUGUGUAAGGAUCAAGGAGUCAGCCACUCUGGGAAUUGAAUAAAAAAACUAGCAGCUUAAGGGUGUUGAAUUCUGCAGCACUUAUAGGAGAAGGCCAUUUCUCAUUGCUUGUAUUGCUGUCAUUGAAUUUUUGCUUUAUAUUUGUGAACUUAUUUGUAUUUUUAUUGUGCCUCACUUUUUUAAUUUCACUAAUUAGUAUAUCAAUGUUCAAUAUCAGUUUUCAUUUACGUUUCGCACCUUUGUAUUCGGUUCUUACUUUAAUAGAGUGUAUGAAAACUGAAAAACUGCCUUCACUUGUUCGCUGGCCAUAUAUUUUAAUUCUCCUCCAUUUAACAUUAGAUCGAAUCCUUUAACCCCAAAGAUGACACAAGAGUUUCAAGGGCUAUUUAGUUUUAGUAGGUUCGCACCGAAAAAUCCAUUGAUUCCAUUGAUCAUAUUAUCAUAUCGUACGUGCGCGCCUGCUUCUCUUUGCCCAGAAUUUCUAUAAGUAGCUAAUAAGUGACUUGACUUCAUUUCUUAAGUUGUGUAGCGAAUAAAAAUGCAGAGAAAAACGAAAUAUACAGAUGAUCUAUAC